UUACCAUCAAAUUGAAUUUACGAAAAAGCCGGUACUUGUGCAGUUAUGUUUAGAAUUUCCGGCGUUCCUGGAUAUUGAGGUGUUUUAUAUCAAAUUAGUUUGCUGAAUUUUACUUAGAAUAUAUGAAGAAUGGAGCUCACCGAUGAUAAUCUGUUCACUCUGAACGAGUAUCUGAAACACACGCUUAAUCCUGAUGUCAACGUCCGGCGACCUGAUUCAACUAUUUUUUUUAUUACCGCAAACUAUUUGUUGCAGCCGAAAAAUUUUUGGAAUCCGUUGAAGUCAAUCAAAAUUAUCCAUUACUACUGCUACAUCUGGUGGAUAAAUCUGAAAUUGAUAUAACAAUUCGAGUUGCUGGAGCUGUGGCUUUUAAAAAUUACAUCAAAAGAAAUUGGAAAGUGGAAGAAGAUACUGGUGAUCGUAUUCAUGCACAAGAUAGAGAUGCAAUCAAAAAAUUAAUAGUCAACUUAAUGCUCCACUCUCCAGAUUCUAUCCAGAAACAACUGUCAGAUGCAGUCUCAAUAAUUGGCCGUCAUGAUUUCCCUGACAAAUGGCCAGAACUCAUUGAUCAAAUGGUUGAAAAGUUCAACACUGGUGACUUUCAUAUUAUAAAUGGUGUGCUGCAUACAGCACAUUCAUUAUUCAAACGCUACCGUUAUGAAUUUAAGAGUCAAAGUCUCUGGACCGAGAUAAAAUUCGUUUUAGAGCAAUUUGCCAAACCACUAACUGAUUUGUUCGUAGCUACUAUGAACUUGACACAAGUUCAUGCAAAUAAUGUGGAGGCCUUAAAAGUUAUUUAUAAUUCAUUAGUUAUAUUAUGCAAGGUUUUCUAUUCUCUGAAUUUCCAAGAUUUACCAGAAUUCUUUGAAGAUAAUAUGGCCAUUUGGAUGUCCAAUUUCCACACUUUACUCACAACAGAAGUUUUACCAUUACAAACAACAGAUGACGAGGAAGCUGGAGUAAUUGAACAAUUAAAAUCACAAGUAUGCGACAAUGUUGGCCUUUAUGCACAGAAAUACGAUGAAGAGUUUCAACCAUACUUGCCCAAUUUCGUUACAGCGAUUUGGAAUUUAUUAACAUCAACGGGUCAGCAGCCAAAGUUUGACGCGCUUGUAUCGAAUGCCUUGCAAUUUCUGGCGACUGUGGCAGACCGUGCUCAAUACAGACACUUGUUCGAAGAUCCAUCAACAUUAGGCAGCAUCUGCGAGAAAGUUAUCAUCCCCAACAUGGAAUUUCGACAGUCAGAUAAUGAAUUAUUCGAAGAUAACCCUGAAGAGUAUAUUCGCCGAGAUAUCGAAGGUAGCGAUGUGGAUACUCGUCGUCGUGCAGCAUGCGACUUAGUGAAAGUUUUAUCAAAAUACUUUGAAGUGAAGAUCAUGGAGAUUUUCGGUGCCUACAUUCAGGUAAUGUUACAAAAUUACGCUGAAAAACCAGCAGAAAAUUGGCGCAGCAAGGAUGCUGCCCUCUACUUAGUAACAAGCAGUGCGAGCAGAGGUCAAACCCAAAAGCAUGGUGUGACACAAAGUAGCGAACUGGUUUCAUUGCCUCAAUUUGCUGCGCAACACAUCCAACCUGAAUUGGAAAAGAUAAAUGUUAAUGAGUUUCCUGUGCUAAAAGCAGACGCCAUUAAAUUUAUCAUGACCUUCAGGUCCAUACUACCCCGUGAACUUGUAGUUGGCAGUUUACCACAACUCAUUCGACACCUUGCAGCAAGUAGUUCUGUUGUACACAGUUAUGCCGCAUGUGCAAUCGAAAAAAUCUUGGCCAUAAGAGGACCAGACAACAAACCCAUCGUCAAAGGAGAAGAGCUCGCACCACUGGCUGCUAAUCUUCUCAAAGGGUUGUUUAACGUGUUGAUCAUUCAAGGAUCUGAAGAGAAUGAAUACGUUAUGAAAGCUAUAAUGAGAAGCUUUGUUAUUCUACAAGAGAGCGUUGUUCCAUUCUUAGCAGAUUUAUUACCAAAAUUGACAGAAAAACUGACAAUGGUUGCAAGAAACCCAAGUCGACCCAAUUUCAAUCAUUAUUUGUUUGAAACACUAAGUUUGUCCAUUAAAAUUGUUUGUAAAACAAAUCCUGAAGCAGUUGCAUCAUUUGAACAAGCUCUCUUUCCAAUAUUCCAGGGAAUCUUGCAACAAGACGUUCAAGAGUUCAUCCCGUAUGUCUUUCAAAUUUUGGCACUGUUACUGGAACUCCAUACCGGCAAUGAAGUUCCAGAAGCUUAUAUGGCACUUUUCCCAUGUCUAUUGGCUCCAGUCCUAUUCGAGAGACAAGGCAAUAUCCAUCCUCUUAAUAGGCUUCUGCAAGCUUUCGUUCAGCACGGAGCUCAACAAAUAAUAGCGCAGGACAAACUCAGCGGACUUCUUGGCGUUUUUCAAAAACUGAUUGCAUCCAAGGCUAACGACCAUGAAGGUUUUCUACUCAUUCAGUGUAUCAUUGAACAUUUUCCACCGAACAUCUUGGAACAGUAUAUAAAGCAGGUCUUUGUAUUGCUAUUUCAAAGACUGUCUUCUUCCAAAACAACUAAAUAUGUCAAGGGCCUCAUAGUUUUCUUUGCCUAUUACAUUAUACGUUAUGGUUCAAGCAGUUUGGUAACGAUUAUUGACCAAAUACAAUCACAGAUGUUUGGCAUGGUCGUUGAGCGCGUCCUGAUUGCUGAUUUACAAAAGGUGUCUGGCGUAAUAGAGCGCAAAGUUACGGCAGUGGGAAUAUCAAAUCUCUUAGUGGAAUGUCCGGCAAUGCUAGAAACACCAUACAAUGUAUAUUAUCCUCGAUUAUUGGCAACACUCAUCGAAUUCUUUGAAUUACCUCAAGACGAAACUAGCUUACCGGAAGAUCAACUCUUUCCAGAAGUUGAAGAUGCGCCUGGAUACCAAGCAGCAUACAGCCAACUAGUAUUUGCGAGAAAUCCUAAAACAGAUCCUUUACAAGCCAUCGGAGAUGUUAGACUUCAUCUGGCUCAAGGUUUGGGAAAACUGUCUCCAGGGCAACUACCGGGACUCCUAGGUCAAAUUCCAGAACCUAAUGCCAAUCAUCUAAGAAACUACUUGCAAACGGCCGGCAUAACAGUUGCAUAAUACAAAAUAGACGUCCGCGGCAGACUGAAAAUUUAUUUGAUGGCUCGACGUUUCAACAAUAUCGAGCUGAAUAAACUGUCGAGUUAAAAAAUGAGACUUCAAUUCAACAACUAAGUUUUAAGAAGUGAAAAUUCGCGAAAAUGACAUUACAAUUGUCGAUGAAUCACUUGUGGCGCCAAAUUUCUUUGUUCGUUGCGGCACUUUUUUCAUAUUAGACUUCUUGAUCGGUCAAAGUUUCCAAAUGAAGUUUAUAUGACGUUAGAAUCUAAUUUUUUCAACGAUGAGAGAUAAAUAAUGAUAUUCUUCUCAUUUACAGGAUUAAUAUCGUGGUUACGAAAAAAAUUUUCUGGAGAACGUCGUUGGAAUUCACCAGUGAAUUAAAAUCCUGGGUAUAGAUCGGAGUAUGUAUCGAUUACAAGUAAUUUUUGCACAUAAAUUUUUCAUACGCGAAAAAAAGCUUCGCUGUACACUUUGGCAAGACACUCCACGAUUUUAAUCGUAUUUCAAUAUGUUUUUUCGUAACCUUGAUAAUACAUGUAAUUUCCUGCACAUUUUUAGAAUCCAGUGAAAGAAAAAACAAUUGUUAAUAAACAUAGCUACGAUUUUUUAUCA